CACAUAAAUACGAUGUUGUCAAUAAAGUUUCGAGAAAGCCAAAAACAACCGACGUCACCGACGUAGCAGCGUAACGUAGCAACGUGUUCAGCACGCGCGCGUGGCUUUUGAGUGCAGCCGCUAACGCAGCUCCAACCGCGAGAGGCGUUUUCACUCCCGUGUUUUCAGACUUCUCCUGAAAUAGCUUCUUUAGACCCGGCUCCAAGGCGGAAAAUUGUUUGGCAAGAAAAUAUGUCGAAGAGAAGAAGGCCUUUGCUGAAAUCCUGUUGUGCACAGGAGGAAGUGGAAGAGAAAUUUGGGGACAGAAAGUUUGGCUUAAGACAAGCAAGAGUUAAAACUCUUAAUGUAUACAGUAACCAAUGUGAUGGGAAGAAGAAUUUGAUUAAAGAGAAUGGCAUUACAAAGCAAAAUGGUGAGUUUUUUCAGGGAAUCUGGUUUGUGACUUGUGAAAACAAAGAGGGAAUUAUGGAUAUAGAAAAGCUGAAAAAAGGUGAGAAUUGCAUAGCGUGUCGGGGCCUGUGGUUUACUCCCCCGGCCUUUGAGGAGUUUGCAGGACGAGGAGCGUGCAAAAAAUGGAAAACCAGCAUAUGCCAUGAAGGAAGACCUCUGACCCAUUGGUUUGCGAAAGGUAUUCUGUCCACAACUGGAUAUAAAAGAAGAGGAGCCGAGCCUAUGAGGAAGGUUACGGUUUCAUCAGGAAAAAUGGAAAGCAAGCCAACACAAAGCUUCCACAAGUUCCAGGGAUCUAAGCGCAGUAAAUAUAAGAGAUCUUCCACCUCGGUGACCCAGAAAAGCAUCUCUCCAGGAGGCUUUAACCCUCCUGGAGAGGCAGUAGAGGCAGAAGUACAGCUUGUACAGGAUCCUGAGGGAAGUCAUAUUAAAGAUGACCACAAGCAGUCCGACAGUGACGAGUUUCUGAAGAGAGACCAAAAAAAUAGAGAUGAUCCGGAUGAGAGAAAUGAUGAACACGGUAUAAACUCAGGAGAUGCUGAGGACGAAAAUAAAACGGACAACGGCAAUGUGCUUGCUGAUGCUGAUUACCUCGACGACCACGGCGAUGCCAGAGAAAGACACGAGGACUCGGACGCUGCCGGAGCCGAGGAGCAGGAGAUGAAGAGGAAAACUAAAGUGAUCAUCAGAAGGCUUUCAGAGAGGUGGAGAGCCUGUAAGGUGAAAUGGCGUCCGAAAGGUGCCUGGUGUGAGCCUUUGGAGGAAAACGCACACAUUGAGGAGACUGAAGGCGACACGACUGUCGCUGAAGGAAACCAGUUGAUCAACGAGAACCUCGGCGCUUCCUCUGCAGAGCUCGUCGUUAGUAGCAACGGUGACAAGACAGAUGAGGAGAAAGAUGCAGUGUUGGAUAUGAAGUCACCUCAAGAUGCAGAGAUGACCUCAAGUCCACUUGUCAAGAACCAAACAAGUGACCUGAUGUGUCUUUCUGUUGCACCUGUAAGCCUGCUGCUUCCGUUUGUCAAUAAAGAGGUUAAUAAGAAGGACGCAGAUGAAGCCAAACCGGAUCAUGACGAAGCAGAAUCAGAAAGGUCAGAGACAUGCAUCAGAGCCUCAGACUGUCCGAAUGUCUCAGAGAAGAUGGAGGACGGAGCUUCGGGGGUCUCAGACGGCUCCGACGUGGAUGCAAUGGAUAUCAAUCAGCUGAAGAAGGAAAAAAUAAAGAUGCAGCUAAAAGUUUUAAAACUGCAAGAGGAAUGUUACACACUGAUGCUAAACAACUUAAGAAACUGACGAGAAAGGUUUUAGUGUCAACAUCGUAAAUGACCAGUUAACCUUCUUUUUUACAAUGUGCCUAUUGGAUCAUUUUUACACCUUUUCUUUUUAAAUGUGUUCCACAUUGUAUAUCACUCAUUUUUUUAACCAGAAAAUGUCACAGUUGAAAGUUGCCAAAGAGACAAGACAGAAAGUAGCGAUGAUAUAGUUUGAAGUUUACAGAAAAGUGGAGGAAAUGAGAAGAGCUGAGCACAGCAGCUUAAAAACGUAUCUAACCGGCAUCCCACAGUGGAAUUUAAAAGCCCUCUGUGGUUUGCCCCGCCUACCUGUAAUUCACCCUGCUGGUGAGUAACUCUUUGUUUUAUAAACGGUAAUUCAAAACACUAAAAUUUUGUCUGCAUGCAUUCAGUUAGAUGUAAUUUCUGCUCCGGUUCUGACCGGCAUUAUUACUUUGACGACCAAAAACGUUGGUCUCUCAUUUCUCCAAACAGCUCUGCAGCGGUUGUUUAAGCUUCACUUUUCUUCAUGUAAUCAGUUUGUAUUUUACUAGUGAGGAUUUGGGUAUUUAUAGUUUAAUUUUUAUCAAAUUCUUUUACGCCGUUUCACGACUUAAGCUCCGUUUAUCUCGACGUCUUUACAGAGCUCGCAUUCAAACAUGACAAGUUAAGAAAAUGUUGGGUGAUUUUCCACUUUUCAUAAGUAGCAUUUACAGGUUGAAAAGUAUUUCUUUUUCUAAUUCCCAAACAUGAUUGCCAGAAGGUCACCUCCGAAGGUCACCUUUCAAGGUCAAGGUGUUAUUAUUAUUAUUAUUAUUAUUAUUACCUAUAAGUGCAAAACUGGCAAGCAAUCUUGGAAAUCUGAAAUCUCUAACCCGUUUGUUAUCUUACAGUUUUGAAAGAGGUGUUUUCAAAUACCAUAAUUGCAAACCUGUGAAUAACCCUGAGGAGAAAAUAAAUAUUUACUGUUACAUCUCAUGCAUUCAGCUGUUUAUAGCUCUUUUGACUGUAUUUUGCAUUUGGUGCUUUUCCUCACACUGUGCUAAGAAUGUCUCUGUUUUUUAGUAUACAUGUCAAAUGCUGCUGUAUCCAGGUCUGUCUCAAGUUUUCUACUCACUUUUCUUCUUGUUGUAUUAAAUAAUUAACCAAA